ACUGGCCAGAACACGGAGAGAGACAGCUCCUCUCUCACUUUGCUGCUGCUGCUGGUGCCUCUUUUAUUUUUAGCUCAGCUCUAGUUUCCAGUCGUCCCAUUCAGCUGCUGGAGGCUGCACAUCUCCCAGGGAGCCAGACACAAGCUGCCUGCUGCACAGGCUGCAACAUAUGAGCCGCGCUUGGACGUGCUGAUCAUUACAGGAGCUGAUAAACGGGAGGCUGAGGGGACGAAGGGGGCUUUGUGAGCUGAUGGGACAUUUGGAAACUGCAAAGUCAUUGUGAUGCUCUGCUGUUGAUGUGAAGGGAGACCACUGCUGACUCAGAAUCAAACCUGACACGCAGCUCCUGCUCUGAUAUCAACCUGCCAAAACAACAAGAGCUCCCAGUAAGAGUUGAAAUUCAUCUGAAAACCAUAUCUUCUUUAUACAGCUGCAGUCAAGGUGACCUACCAUCAGGUCCUUUAGCUGUUUAUGUCCAGCUGAAGACAUCCUAUCUCCUUCUGGUGGGAAUCUGUCGGAUCAGAUGAAGUGAUGCAGCAACAGGAAGCAGGUAGACACAGAUCAGGUUUUGCUCCAGCUCUAACGAACGCCCAUUGGAUCGUGCAGAAGCACGCCUGAAGUUUGGAUUCAGGGUGUGAGAACGAAGGAAGGAAGGCGCUCUGAGAGAGAUGCUGAGGCUGACGGCGUCUGAUGGGACGUUUUCGGCUGGAGAUCUGAAGGCUGUUUGGCCAAAGAGCGGAGCACGGCCAGUAACUCUCCACGCAGCACCCCCGGCAGCUCUCCCUCCCUGCGACGGAGGGUCCUCGGGGGAAGCAAGGCCAGCGAGAGCGAGGGAGGAGGAGGAGAGAAGAGUGGCGGAGGAGGAGGAGGUUCUGACAGUCCACUGCCCUCCGUGGCCUCUGCCUCCUCCCUGUCCUCCGCCUACCCACUGGCUUCUCGCCACUUCAGCCGUAAUGCCAAGAAAAUGCAGAGCUGGUAUAAUGUUCUCAGUCCAACGUACAAACAGCGAAACGAAGAUUUCCGUAAAAUCUUCAAGAAACUCCCCGACACAGAGCGACUCAUAGUGGACUACUCCUGCGCGCUGCAGAAGGACAUCCUGCUGCAGGGACGUCUGUAUCUGUCGGAGAACUGGCUCUGCUUCUACAGCAACAUCUUCCGCUGGGAAACCACUAUCACCAUCCAGCUGAAAGACGUGACGUCUAUGACCAAGGAAAAGACGGCCAAGCUCAUCCCGAACGCCAUCCAGAUCAGCACUGAGAAUGAUAAGCAUUUCUUCACAUCGUUCGGAGCGAGGGAACGCAGCUUCAUGAUGAUCUUCCGCCUGUGGCAGAACGCACUGUUGGACAAGUCUUUGUCCCCCAAAGAGCUGUGGCACAUCGUGCACCAGUGUUACGGUACCGAGCUGGGCCUGACGAGCGAAGAUGACGACUACGUCUCUCCCACCAGCGAACACAUGAACGGGCUGCUGUCGGGAGAGGAGUCGGUAUCGGUCACAGAUCUGUUGGACCUGAGCAUGGUGUCGGCCCCAUCCACCGGCAGCUCCCCGCCUCCCGCCUCGGUUCACUGCAGUCUAACCAGUCCUGCGUCGGCCCCCAUCCUCAGCGCGACCUUUCUGCCAUCCUCCGCCUCCUGUCAGCCCAUAGAGGUGCCUUCCUCUUCAGGUAGCAUACUUGGAUCAGAACCUAUGGAGCCCAGCCCACCCAGCUCCCACAGCUCGCUGCCGACCAUCACUCCCACCAUAAGUGCUCCAGUUUCUGCAGCUGCAUCAUUCACUCUAGAGGAAGGAGGGGACAGUCAGUAUGAGUUGGCCAAUCACAUGCCACCAGCAACCAGCCUGGGAAACCUCUCCUCAUUGGACAUCACCAACGAUGAAGAGCUUCCCACUGAUCCCAGCAACUCGUCUGACACACAGGAGGAGACUUCAGGUGAGGUGGAGGCCUUCUGUGCAGACCUCAGCGGGCGCCUCAACAUCAACACGGUUGUCAGAAUGAGCGUGGACAAGCUGCACGACCUGCUGUUCUCUGCAGACACUCACUUCAUCCAGCACCUGUUCUCGCAGAGACACUUCACCGACCUGUCGGUGGGUGAAUGGCAGCAGGACGGCAGCAGUGGGACCACCAGCCGAGUUCUGAGUUACACCAUCGCCCUCAACAACCCCCUGGGCCCUAAAACGGCCCCUGUGGUUGAGACGCAGACACUACAUAAAAGCUGCUCCCGCGGCGAGUGCUACGUGGUGGACUCGGAGGUCAUCACCUCGGGGAUCCCGUACCAGGACUACUUCUACACUGUCCACAGAUACUGUCUGACCUCCAUCAGCAAACACAAGAGCCGCCUCAGAGUCUCCUCAGACAUCUGCUACAGGAAGCAGCCGUGGAGUCUGGUCAAAGCGCUGAUUGAAAAGAACACAUGGAGCGGCGUUGAGGAGUACUACAGAAACAUGGAGAAUGAGGUGUGCAAGCUGGAGACCCUGCUGCAGACUGAGGUCUCCGUGGUUACGACAGGCGAAGCCGUGGGUGCAGACGCCGCCAAGACCCCGCCUUCCCUGCGACGCAGAAAGCGAACCUGCUCCUGGAGGCAGAGCGACAGGGAGGGAGGCGGCGUGAAGGCCAGGGAGCGAGGGGACCGAGGAGUCGGAGAGGAACGGAACAGGAGGGAGGCUGGCGCUCAGUUCAUGAAGCUGGGGGAACGUGCCGGUGGUGGAGGACACAACAGCUUCUCCACGGUUCUCCUCAUCGUCAGCUUCAUGAUCUGUAUCAGUCUGGUGGUGCUGGUGGCUCUCAACAUGCUGCUGUUCUACAAGCUGUACGCUCUGGAAAGAGCAGCUCACACACUGGAGAGAUGGCACUCCUACUCUGUCACCGACAGUCCUCUGCCCCAGACAGCAGGGGAGUGGGCUCGGGUUCUGCACCUGCAGCGGCAGUUCCACCAGGCGCAGCUCAGCAAGUGGCAGCAGAUCCUGCAGUCCUCAGUCUCGCUCCUGGACCAGAUGAAGCAUUCGUUGGAAAAACUCCACAGGAACAUCGUGGUACCGGAGGGGGAGCAGGAUCCCCCCGCUGACACCCUCACAUAGUCCCUGUCUGAGACCUGAUUCCUCACCCGGGUCGCCUCAGGACUCUUGUCUGCUGUCUCCAACAUUUCCAAUCAGAACCCAAUCCUGGGUGGGACAAACAGAUGAACUACACUACCCACAACUCUCCUCUCCUGAUGGACUUGAAGUCGCAUCAGACGCCUUUAGCUUCAACCUAUGAGAGGCUUCCAGAACCACAGCAAUAAUCCCCCUCCUAUAGCUGAGUCUCUUCUGUAUAUAAUGCACGGAAACAGGCCACUGGUGGGCCCUCCAUUUCCCAGACUCCGCUUCCUUUCUUGCUACGUUUCACGCAGAACGGAUCAGUUCCGGCACUCCGACAUGAGGCGGACCAUCUCAGUAUUUAUUAUUACCUCCGAAGUCUCGUCCUGCUUUGAACAAGUCAUGUGAUGGCUGUUCUGCGCUCUGAUUUGCUGUUGUUUUGGACCAAUAGAAGCUUUGUGAGAACGAGGUGCAGCAAUAAUGAAAAUCUUUGCUCUUUACGAAUGUUUCACUGAAAGUAGUUUAAUAUUAUAAUAGUUCUGAUAAUAAUUAGCGAUGAUGAUGAGACUGUAUGCGUUGCCACUGUUACGUUAUCAAGUCAGUUUUUCACAUCAGUGUUCUGUUGGUUUUUUACAAAUUUUUCUUCACAUUUGUGUCCAAAUCUUCAUGUUUCAGCCGAGUCAGAACCAAAAGGACCAAGCAGAACUUUCCAGGCCUGGAAGAACAAAAAGGGAAACAGUAUUUUUUGUGUGUGUGUGAAAUUAAUGAGAAUUUGCUCAUCAUCAUUUUUUAUUGCUUUUCCACCUCCUGUUAUAAUUGUUUCUGUCGACUUAGAACCGGUUUAUCAUCUCAUCUUCUGCUCUGAGCUGCAGUUUCUGCCUGUUUUUGGGUUUUUCACCUGAGUUCAGCGGCUGCAGAAACUCAUUGGCCCUGCUGUGCACGGUCGUCAUGGAAACGAUAGGCUGAUGUAUUUAUUAUUAAAGGAUGAGGAGAGAAUGUACUGUAAAAUUGUGAUUGUACAAACAACAAGAUGGAGAGAAAAGAAAAUCCUGAAACAUGCAACAAGUCGCUCUUCUUUGAGUCUGGUGGAUUUCUGUCUUGGUGUACAAAUACUGGAAAAAUAGCAGAUUGUUUAAAUAUUCUAAAUAAAAUUUUAAAUUGUGA